UUGCAGCUUAAUCCUUUGUGACCGGCUGCUGGAAAUUGGGGCUCGGGUGCGGCGGAUGCCGAUGUCGCUGCGUGCGCUUGAGCAGAUCAUGCAGAAAUAACAUGUUCCCAGCCUUGGAAAGCGAGCUCAAGCAGGAGACCCUUCCUGGCCCCUAUGAAAAUUUUAUGUUCCACCACCUCCAGUACUACGGCUACUUUAAAGCUCAGAGGGGCAGUGUACAGAACUCAAGCUCGGCCACACACCAUGUCUGGAAGAGCGGCUCUCGCUUCCUGUUGAAUGGCUCCUUUGGGGAAAGAGAUGAUUUGGUUCCGGAGACCCUGCCAAAAGAGAAACUCUUAUGUUCACUUAUGCAGAAUUCACCACUUCUUAAGAGCAGACAACUACUUUAUGAUGAGUUGAGUGACGUCAACCCACGCCUGCGAGAGCCCCGAGAUCUCUUUGCACUCUUCUCUAGCAACAGGCCACUGCUGGUUCCACGAUGGCCAAUAGAAUGUGAGGUCAUCAAAGAAAACAUUCAUCAUAUUGGUAAUGUGGCUUCUGGGAGGUGGUCUUGCUUCUCUGGCUCUACUACAGACCUAAGAGUUACCUGUCCUCCUUUGCCCACCGAAAAUUCCUAUUUCACCAGUUCCCGAGUGGGAGGCAAACGAGGAAUUAUCAAGGAACUCGCGGUCACGUUGGAAGGACCGGCGGAUAGCACUCUGCUGUUUGAGUCCAGGUUUGAGAGUGGGAAUCUGCAAAAAGCCGUCAGAGUAGACACCUACGAGUAUGAGCUUACGCUGAGAACCGACCUCUACACAAACAAGCAUACCCAGUGGUUUUAUUUUCGGGUUCAGAACACCAGGAAAGAUAUCACCUAUCGGUUCACCAUCGUCAACUUGCUGAAGCCCAAGAGCUUGUACGCCACAGGGAUGAAGCCGCUCAUGUACUCGGAAUUGGACGCCGACACCCGCGGUGUUGGCUGGAGGAGGGAGGGGGCCAACAUCAAGUACUACAAGAACAACACCAGCGACGAGAAGCAGCAGCCCUUCUUCUGCCUCACGUGGACCGUUCAGUUCCCGUACGACCAGGACACUUGCUUCUUCGCGCACUUCUACCCGUACACGUACACAGACCUGCAGUGCUACCUCCUGUCAGUGGUAAACAACCCUGGCCACUCUCAGAUCUGCAAGCUCCGAACCUUAUGCAGGAGCCUAGCCGGGAACACAGUCUACCUGCUGACCAUCACCAACCCAUCACGAAGCCCCCAAGAGGCGGCUGCCAAGAAAGCUGUGGUCUUCAGCGCCCGAGUCCACCCCGGGGAAAGCAACGGCUCCUGGAUUAUGAAAGGCUUCUUGGACUUUAUCCUUAGCAACUCGCCAGAUGCCCAGCUCCUCCGAGACAUCUUUGUCUUCAAGGUGGUGCCCAUGUUAAACCCGGACGGUGUAAUCGUGGGCAAUUACCGCUGCUCGUUGGCCGGGAGGGACUUGAACCGGCAUUAUAAGACCAUUCUGAAGGAGUCCUUCCCUUGCAUCUGGCACACCAGGAACAUGAUCAAGAGACUUCUUGAAGAAAGGGAGGUCCUGCUGUACUGCGAUUUCCACGGCCACAGCCGGAAGAACAAUAUCUUCCUGUAUGGCUGCAACAGCGAUGAUCGCAAGUACUGGCUUCACGAGCGAGUCUUCCCUCUGAUGCUAAGCAAGAACGUGCCGGAGAAGUUCUCUUUCCAUAGUUGUAACUUUAAGGUCCAGAAGUGCAAAGAAGGAACGGGACGGGUUGUGAUGUGGCGGAUGGGCAUCCUGUACAGCUACACCAUGGAGUCCACCUUUGGCGGGUCCACCCUAGGCAGUAAAAGAGACACUCACUUUACUCCCGAGGACCUGGAAUCCCUAGGCUAUCAUGUCUGUGAUACCCUCCUGGAUUUCUGUGACCCCGACCAAACCAAGUACACAAAGUGUCUAGCCGAGCUGGAAGAGCUCUUACAACAGGAAAUCCAUAAGAAAUUCAGUGACCUUGGAGGAGCCGUGAAUUUAGAGGAAAGCUGGAGGGACAUCUCUUUGUCUGACAUUGAAUCCAGCACCAGUGGGUCGGACAGCUCCUGCUCCGAUGGUCUCCCAGCCCAUCUACUGAGCAUAGCAGAUGAGCUGAACCAGAAGAAGAAGAUGUAUAAGAAGAAGAAGAUGAAGAAGCCGCUGCAGACCAGGGGACAGCGGGAUGAGCACUAUCAGAAGAACAAGUUGAGGCCGGAGUCGCGGCUACCCGAAGGUGGCCGGGAAAGGGCAGGGUUUGCUUCCACUCUGAAAAAGCAGGCUGCCUUUUCCCAGAAGUCCGAGGCUCCCAGCUCUUCAGUAAUGAGACAGAACAAACCAAGAUCGAAUGAGGCCUGCUCAAGCGGAAGAGGCCAGGGUGCCUCCCUGGAUCCCGCCAAGAUGCCCACCCUGCUCCUGAUGAAGAGUAAAGAGAGAACACAGAGCAGGAAGGCAGGCUUCCCAGGAUCCUGCCCCUUCGCCAAGAGAAGCACCAGCAGCAGCCAAGAGCCUGCGCCAGGCCUGAAACACACCUGGACCAGGAGCUCAUACCCUGUCAUCAAGAGAGGCCGCCCCACCAUGGCUACAUACCCGGCCUUGCACAUAUACACCUACCCGUAGCUGGGCAGGGCCAGCCUCCGAGUGGCGGGUUAAGACACCUUUUCUAGCGAGAGUUGUAGGGUUGGGCUUGGCGCUUCCCUGGAUUGUGCACACACCCUGCGGGUCCCUUACCUCUGUGCUUUGACUGUACAGUUGUCCUCCAGGGAGGACCUCCUAAAUUAUUUUUUUCAUAAAGUGAGAUUUUUCUUAACAAUCUAAAGCAAAGCGUCCUUUGUCAGAACCCCCAGGCCUCCGCGUCACCAGCGACAUUCUCCCCCACAGUAGGUGCCAGUGGAGUGCAAAUGAUC